CACCGGCGCAGCUAGCUAGGUUGAUGGCGCCAGAAGCGGGGCCGAUUCCAUAUGAGCAUGGGCCACUGGCGGCACAUGUCAGGCCUGGAACGACUCCAGCCAAACCGCCCACAGCUUGCGCCAGCCCUGCAGGCGUACGUCGGCGGCAUCCCCACGGCGGCGACCGCGUCGGCGGCCCGGUUUGAAGAGCGCCUGCGCUACCUCUUCGCCAGUGGGGCGGCGGGGCAGGAGGCGGGGCAGGCGGCGGGGCAGGAGGCGGGGCAGGCGGCGGGGCAGGCGGAGGCGGCGGGGCAGGCAGAGGCGGGGCCCCGGGGCGCGGUGCACGUGCUGUGGCACUACCACUUCUCCGCCUUCCGCCGAAAGCGCUGGGCUGCGUUCAUCCAGCGCGACCGCGCGCUCCACCGCGUCGCCAAGCAGCUCACGGGCGGCAGGCCCAAGGAGGAGGUGGUGGUGGGGUGGGGUUCGUGGGCCUUCCAGGGAGGGAAGGGCGGCUCCCCCAUCUCCGUCAGGGGCGGGCGCGCGCCGACGGGGCGGCUCAUCAAGCUGCUCCGUGAGCGCUACGCCAAGCAUGUGUUCAUCAUCGAUGAAUACAAGACCUCCAAGGUGGAUCUGCUACAACUGCGGGUGUCAGGAGAUGGCCAUCAAGCGGCUUGGGGGGCUGAAGGAGGGGCAGCGGCCCUGGUCGGUCAAAGUCUGCAACGACUGCUUGACGACCUGGAACCGCGACUCUCCGCCGCCAACGUGAUCCGUGUGCUCCUCCUGCUGAAGCUGAUGGGCUUCGAGCGGCCGACCAAGCUGCAGCGGCCGCCAUGGCCGCCGCAGUGCUCGUAUCUUCCAUCUACACUGUAGAAAUCUGCCCAAAAUCCGCCGAAGGCGGAGAAAAAAUUUUGGGUUUGGUGCCGCGCAUCUACGCAGGUGUAGACGUUUUUGGCCGGUUUUGGCGCAAAAAUGGGGGAAGCGUAGACGUUUUGGGGGGCUUGGGGGCUUAAGUGUAGAUGCCGCGGUCAGGGUCAUCUACGCAUGUGUAGAUGCCGGGUGCCUGAGGGCAUCUACAAGAUACGAGCACUGGGCCGCCGGCGGCGGCGGGGCCGGGCUGAGAGCCUGAACGGCGCUAGCAGGGCGUGGGGCUGAGGGUGCACGUGUCGAUUGGCGGCGAGUGACGUGCCUAGUUUGUUAGCUGCGGGUUAGCACGGACUGUGCACCCCACCCAACCGGCCACGUCCGGAUUUGCGGGGAUGCCAAAGGCCCCCAACAUAGAGGCGUGUGCUUAGUAGGCGCCCGCGUCAAGCCACCUCCUUGUUGUUGAUGGAGACUAGUGAUUCCUUCUAUGUAGGUCAGUUACAGGGUUGAUAAGUAAUAUCGACGUCUUGGUGCAAGUGCUCUGACCUUCGAGACCUGCAGUCCUGCACCACUCUGCACCCGGUGCAGCACCAGUAACCGCGAACCUACGUUGCGACUCUUGCCCUGACUCGCCUUGUGGGGUUUGUGGGCCGGGAUUACAGCCACCACACUCGGGACUUUGCUUCUCAUCACCCUCUGCUCGUGCUUGUAGCCUUGUACUAGGAAUUCACAACCACACAGCGUCAGAUUACGGAAUGUCACCGGAUAUAGCUGGAUAUAGCUGGCAAGCACUCGUGAAGCAGACCCUAGCAGACUGCCCCCGGUCGUUGGACGCGUAGCGGAAUUCGCACCAUACACUGUAGGGCACCUUUAUACACGCUCGCCAAAUCAGGGAGGCUGCACAACGUGAGCAGAUUGCAGACGCCCAUGACACGACUUUGGCUACUGCGCCGUAGACACUGCCUAGCGUGAAGCGCCCGUGUAGGCCCGUGCGGCAUAAUGCGGCAUUUGGGCCUAUAUGCUGAGCUACAUUGCAUCGGUUGAUAAUGCAUGCACCCUGCAGGAGAAUGGCGUAGGAAGCCCAAGCAGGGGGACCUGGGCACACGCGGGUGCACGCGCCUAUCAUUGGCCUUGUAACAUGUUUGCUCG